AUGGCAGUAGCUUAUGGCUCCUUGCAGAGGUGGCAUGAGGCAAACAGAAUCUGGGAAUCUAUCAUACGCACGUGUUAUGCCUCAAGCUACCGCCUUACGCAGACGACUGACUUCUUGGAUUAUCUUCUACCCAUUGUUCAACAAGAUGAGAACGACUACGAUAGAAAGAAAUGGCAAGCAGUUCGUGAUGCAAUAAAUGCGGAACGACCCCAAACACCCCGACAGAAAAACCGCGUCCCGGACUUGGUAGACUAUCUCGAUUCUCCAAUUAUGAACAUCUUGAUUGAUCAACAACCAUAUCCUUGGCCAGUCGUGAGGAAGCAGACGGCUGCUCCCGGAACCGAGAUUAGCAGAGAGACGGUGGUGAGAGUGUUCCUUGAUCGGCUAAGCGACGUGGAAAUUACCGAACAGGUUUUCAUUGCUGCAGCAAGUAAUUUCUCGCACGGCCAGAAAUUAAUGGACAUCAUGCUUGAUGGACAGGGCCAGGAUGCACAAAUUACAAAAGCUGUUCUCAGAUCGGCAGCGGUCAAUAGCCGCAGCAAGAAAACUCUCAUAUCUUCACUUUUGGGACCUCAAGAUAUUGAAGUGUACUCGGAAAUCAGCUCCGACGAAGUCUGGGAGGCACUAUCAUCACUCAUGUUAGGUUCCGAACCAACUAACGCGAAGUUGGAUGUACUGUACCUAGCCAAACUCUACUCAACGACGGAUGACACCACACUCCUGCGAACGUUGUAUUCAGCUACGGACCCUCUCAUCAUACCCUAUUUGCGGCGGGGGCUGUACCAAUUUGCAUGGGAUGAGCAAAGAUUCGGGCACUUAGACGAGCUUGUUCAGAUGCUUCCAUCAGCGGUGGAAGAUGUCAUCGCGACGAUUACUAACGCACUUCUGUCAAAUGACAAGCAUACGGUUCACAGAGCAAUCGAAAUCGCUCGUCGCCAAAGGCUUGAUACAACGAAGACAGAUAUGGUAAAUGAGGAAGUCGUCAAUGGUUGUUCCAAAGUUAUCGAAACCCGAAGUCCAGCGAAGUUGCUACAGUUCUUGGAUUGUCUUGAUGAACUCGGCAUCUCAUUUAGCUGUCAAGGCGAAGCUGAGUCUCCCCCUACCCAAUCAGCGAUACUUCCAGCAACAGUGUCCAAAGACCCUCGGUUUCUCAAAAUUCUUAUUGAGAAAAAGGUUGUAUCCCCGCGUAUGCGACCUUUCACAGUAUCCUCGCAUUGUUGGUCGAAUUUCGGUGUCAGGGAUGAAGGUGUCCGCGAAGAAAGAUGCCCUCCCAUCAGGAUGCCCGAUUGGCCGCUAUACUGUGCGAUAAUUCUCGCUUUUGACUCUGAAUUCAUACACUUCCUUUGCAUUUCGGGUGCCCGUGUCGACCAAGACCAUCCUAGUACCAGUCCAGGGGGAAGAGAAGGCUCGAUAAUCAGCCAGCUAGAACAUAUCACAGCCUUUGAUGAUUUCAAGGGCCAGUUUCGGAAUUUGAAAAGGUUAUGCCGUAACAUGGCAGGCGCACAAUUGGAUGCUAAGUAUAAGGAGUGGGAUCUUUCAAAGGUUACUGAUUUCCAUGUUUCAUGGGAAAAUUCAUUUGAACAGGCAUGGAGGUCAAUGGAUAAUAUGCUUCAAUGGACGAAUAGUGAUAGGCGGCUGGAUAACUAUGAUAAACUCCCAGAGAGACUGCAAGAUGAAGGGAUGUGGAAUAUAUGGCGUAAUGAAAUCCUAGAGAUACUCAAGUCUUUUUAG